GAUUAGCUGCAGUAGAUUAGGGAAAAUGUAGAAAGAAUUAUGUUCAGCUAGUAAUAGUUUAGAUUUAUGGGUAUAUUGCAAGAAUUGUAGUUCAGAGUUUUCAUCCGCAUAUUAUUCAUAAUAAAUUCAUGGCAACUAUGAUAGCGAGUACAUCAUGUAAAUGGACUUUUCGGUAUACACAGCAAUUAUAGAAGUCUUGUUUUUUUCGUUCAAUUUUACAACUACAAGGGUUGAAUAACUGAAAAAAGAAGUAUGAAACUUUUGUUAAUAAGUUUACUGUGUGUCUGUCACGUUAAUUGUAUGUUUUACCUACUUGGCGAAAAAGAAACGAGAUGCAUUUUUGAUGAGUUGUCCGAAGGAGCUACGACAACAUUCCGUUACAACUCUUCGAUAUCAUCUGGUGAUCCAAUUGGUCUAAUUGUGCGAGUACACGAUCCAGACGGAAAACUAAUGCUAAAAAGAGAAUAUGGCAGCGGAUCAACUGUUACUUUCACAGCUCAUAAAAGUGGUGAGCACGCAAUAUGCACGAGCACAAAUUCAACGAAGUGGGCGAUGUAUGCUACAGGCCAAAUAAAAGUAUCAUUUACGGUUGACACUGAUCAGCCAAAAAGUUCACAAGAGAGGAAAAUCCGUAAAGAUGAUGACGACGACAAUGGUGAUGAUGAUGAUGAUGAGAAUGACGAAGACGAUGAUGAAAUUACGAACGGUGGUAACAAGCUGAUUUCUUUGCAAAAGAGAAUACGGGCUGUUAUGGAGUCAGUUGAAUUUAUCACCCAAACUCAAAAUUUAUACAGGAGAGCGGAAAUGAAAUUUCGAGAUAGAGCGGAAACUAUAAAUAGUAGAGUAUUAAUUUGGGCGUGCGUCCAACUAGCAGUAUUACUAUCAACUGGAUGGUAUCAGAUGCGUUCUUUAAAAGCUUUUUUCAUAGCUAAAAAGCUGGUAUAAUCAGUAACAUCAAAACUGAAAUAACAAAAGUAGAAAUUCGAAUAACCUAUUAGCAAUGGAGUAUAUUAUGUUGUUUUGGACGUUUGCAACUUUUAUCCGCUCACGGUUUAGUUAUAAAUGUUUGCUUAGAAUAAUGUUGUCCGAUUUAAAAGAAUACAGACACUGUUUUGAAUUUCGAUCGUUCGAAAUCUGUAUUUGUCGUCACAACAUUUUUUAAGAAGCAGUGGAAGCUUCGCCCUACGCAAUCCGUUAAUACCAACCACAAGUAUAUCGCCUUAGUUAUUUUAGCUCGUCAUGUAUUAGGAAGCAGUUGCAAAUUAUAUUUCCAAUCGUAGAAAUUGAGUACAUCUUUGUUGGAACGACAAUUCUUAGGUUGUUGUUUAUCCCAUAUCAUAGUGUAAACAUACUAACUCAUGUUACAGGGAUUACCUGUGGAAGCAUUGCAAUUGGUAUGCGAUAAUGUUUGAAAGAUUCAGAGUAUAAGAUAAUAAAAUUGGAUAUUGGAUGAAA